AUGCCGCAGUAUGCGCAAAAAAUUCUGGAGGGAACCGUUGUUGGUUGUCUACGAGAGAAGUAUCGUGAAUCGGCUCAUAAUCGUAUAGAACUUGGACCACAAUGCAAAGCAGAGAUCACAAAAGCAAUUGUGGAAGCAGAAUUUGAUCCUCAGCUGGAUCCACCGUUGUAUCACGCUUGCCAAGAGACCAUCAAAUUGCAUUGUAGUGGUGGGUUCGAUACCGUAAUGGACUGCCUGAAAGCCGACUUCCACAAAGGAGCCAUCUCAGAUCCAGAUUGUAACAAACAGAUUGCGCGCCGUGUAGAGGAAACCAUGAUUGAUAUCCAUCUUGAUCCUCCACUUCUAGAAGCGUGUUCAAUCGAUGUGCAACGUCUUUGUCGUGACGUUGUUCCAGGACAUAGCCGAAUAAUUAUGUGCCUGAUGGAGGCAGCGGAGAGUUCCAAUGCUCAAAUGUCGUCUUCAUGUCGCAAUAUGCUUGCGGACAGAAACAAGCUGUGGAUGAAAGCACAUCAGCAAUAUCAAAUGGCAUGGCCAGAAAGCUGGCACGAAGCCUACAAUCUGGUGGCGACUCAUCCUCAUAAGGUGUCGAUACUCGGAUGGUUGUCCGGCGUUGUAUUCUUCAUCUUGCUUGUUGGUUGCUGUUGUGGACGGUGGACAAAGCGAACGCAUAUGGAGUUGAAAAACCGA